UAAUGGUCUAACGAUCAAACGUUUAAGUUACACAAUUUCUUUCUUACAUAAAUAUCGCGAGUGAUCAAAAAUCCAAUGACGAGGAUGUAAUUUUAAAUAUUCCGCGAUUAAAGGAUUGAGUCAUUUGUUAGCCUGUUGAAUAACGUGUUAGAUAAGUAAAGUCCAGAAAUUUUAUACGUGUUUAGUGAUUUGGCUAUUUGUAUGUGAUUGUAACAAUGAGAAACCGGAAAAAGAGUGAUUACUUGCGCACGUCGCGCGUUGGACAGGUGGUUGAUCGGUGGCGAACGAGACGGCGAGCAAUUAACGAAAUAUGCAAUUAAAAGACCGAAUAGACAGGGAUAAUUGAAACAUCCAUGGGUGGAAAGGAGGAAGAAGAGGCUGGGGACGUAGCCGUCAAGAUGCCGGAGGCCACUCUGAAAAUAUUCAACGGUGUACAGUACAUGGGUUCGUUUCCUGUGGCAAUUCCCGACAUUGCCAGCCGAGCUGAGUACGUACGCUCCCAGUUGGAGACCCUUAGAUAUAGUGAUCGGUCCACGCCCGUUCUCCUGAUAGUGUCGCUCGCGGGUAUUAAAGUAUGCAGUCCAGAUGGAAAAUGCGUGCAAAUGGCGCACGCGUUAAGGCGCAUCUCGUACGCAACCUGUGAACCUCAGCACGCUCAAUUCAGCUUCCUCGCCCGAGAGCCUAGAGCGCACUUCAGCAUACAAUAUUGCCACUCUUUUAUCACCGAAUCUGCAGAACAGGCGGAGGAGUUAAACACCAUCGUCGGCAAUGCUUUUCGUAUGGCAUACGUGGCGCAGCUUCAGCGCCAACCGAUCCUUCAAGAUGUGAUCUCACCGCAAUCAUCACCACCCUACCGAAAGGACAAACAAGAGAAUCGAUCUUCGUGGAACAAAUCGCUGGCUGGCGACAGCUCGAUCGCCGGCGCGGGAGGUGUUUGCAGGAAUUCGUCUUCGAAUUCGUGGCUAAAAAGUCGGACGUCGCCCACGUCCAGAACUGGAAGCGGCUCGUCUGCGGCGGACAUGAACGUACAGCUCGGCAGCGCCGGCUCGCCCACGCUGCGACUCGCUAGCGUGAAGACACCGAACUCGAUCCCGGGUCUACGGCCGACGCACAACUUUACGAACGUUCUCGGCCCUAUUACGAACGAGGAUGAGCCAAAGAGUAUCUCUCAGCAGAGCACACCGAGCAGCGAUGAGAGCAACUCACCGACGGAACUAAACUCGUACAAGAGACUAACGGACAAGCCACCUCUGAUAAAGCGGCUGGCGAUGGGUUUGACAGGUGGACGUGACGUUCUUGGACUGAACGGUGAGGAUGACAGCUGCCCCCUCGUCAGUGGUAGCAGCACACCGACGAGCCCAUCAAACAGGCCGCAUUCUGGGGGUUAUAUAAACGAGGCGAUCAUCGACUCCGAGGGUACGAGGCCGACCUACAACAAGAUACCCCCGUCUGAGAGCCUGGAUAAUACUAUCAACGCGUCUAUUACCGCGAAAAACUUCAACAUUGAGAACAACAGGAUAGGACACAAUUCUCCGAGCUCUGGUACAGAAACAGAAUUCAAAUCGAAGAGAAGAUCUCAGAUCAGCACUUCGAGCAGUUCGGUACCCGCUGAUGGAAGCACACACGGUUCCACACCGACCCCACCACCUCUUCCUGAAAGAACGGAUAGUCUCAAUAAUCGCAGCGAAGAAGCUGAACUGCGUAAAGCUCCCUGGUUCCAGGCUGGAAUACCAAGGGAAAUAACGCUGGAAGUGUUGAGCCAAGAGCCGGAAGGAGCCUUCAUGGUGAGAGAGAGCACCAGUAAACCCGGAUGUUAUGCCCUUUCGCUUCGAGUGCCGCGCGAAUUCCAACCAAGCGGAAUAGCCCAUUAUCUCAUAAUGCGCACGAACAAAGGCUACAAAAUCAAGGGCUUCACAAAGGAAUUCACAACUCUGACCGCCCUAAUUACUCAUCACUCGGUGAUGCCAGAAUUACUGCCGUGCCCGUUGUCAUUAAGUCGAUACAAUCCUAGCUUUGUGAAAAGCGAUUCCAACAAAGACUUCGCGGACAUCGAUUCAGACCCCGAUUACAAUACCUUAGCCGAUUUCCGUAAAAUGAUGGCUGACCUGAACGUCUAGAAAAAGCUGGCAAUCAGGACGAUCUGGUAAAAUCGAUGCUUUCGCCGACGCUCUUCGAACCGAACGAUUAAAGCGAAUUCGUUCAGAGAGACUACGAGAAAUUGAGAGAGACUACGUUUCACGAUACAAUUUCGUACGAGAUCACGUAAAUGCGAGUACAGGCACGAAGAGUUCGUGAAAUCAUUGAAACGUGUUUUUAUCUUGAAUUUCAUAUCGUCCUCGGUCGAUCAUGUUCGUCGAUUAAUAAAGAAAUUUCUUGAUCGCGUAACGAACUAAUUUGUUGCAACGAUUCAUCGCAUACUCGAGAAUGAAAUGCGUCGCACGUUCGAAUGAUUCUGUACGUUGCCGCGGUGAUAUGUAUUUCAUAAGUCAUCGAUAACGAUAGGAAACAUAGCGUAAGUAAUUUAACGACCGCCGCUAUUCAUGGAAAUAACAGCGAAUCAAAAGUCGGAGGACGCAUAGCAGGGAAACUGAUUCCUCAUUUUAUAGAUCGAGUCGCAGGGUUCGCGUUAAAUCAACCAGAAACUAUCGAUAUCUAUUUCAUUGAAUUAAAUCGUUAACAGUUGACGAGGAUCGCUCGACGCGUGCCGAUACGCCUUGACGCUGACUCUGCGAUAGAAAAUUUCGAAUGACAACUAGUUUACAGCAUUUUCGAUGAGCUAGUUUAUUGUAGAAUUUGGAUGGAAUAAAAGUUAUCACAAAAAAUGAGAUAAGUAUAUUUUUUAAUGUUACUGCGAAUGUCUCUUGAAUGGUUUUCUCGUUCCGGACGAAUGUGUGAAAUCUUAUGCUGUUGAAUUUAGUUUAGAAAUCGAAGGUUAUUUGACAGCGUUGCAUUACCCGACAACAAUCGUCAAAGCAGAAGCAAAAAAAAAAAAAAAAAGAAAGAAAUGAUAAAA